AAGUUAUUACUGUAUCCUGAAAAUAUAACUGCCGAUUUCGAAGUUUCUAUUCACAAAGCUGCUCUAAUUGUGUGGCCAUUAAUUACUAUAAUUGGUUGUAGAUUUCACUUAACCCAGAGUUGGUACAGAAAACUUCAAGAGUUAGGUUUGAGUAAUGCUUAUAAAACAUGUGAAUGGUUAAAAGGUACCUUCGGGUUAACUUUUUUAAAUCCAGAAGACGUGUCUGAUUGUUUCGUUGAUGACUUCAUGACAUCAAUACCUGAGGGAACAACUUUUAUUCAAUAUGCUGAUUACUUAAUCGACAAUUAUAUUUCUGAGGAAAGCAAAUAUCCUCCUAAAAUUUGGGCAUUGAUAGACCCCUCAUUGGCCCGGACAACAAAUAAUUGUGAAACAUUCCAUUCACAUUUUAAUGAUCAAUUUUAUAAGGCACAUUCUUUAUUAAUAUAUUUUUAAAAAUUUUAAUAGAAAACUUUCAAUCUUAUAAUUACAUUAAAAUAUAUAGUUCUAAUAACGCAAUCUCAAUAAGCGUACGGAGUAAAAUUGAAAUCCGUUUCAAUAAAACAAAAGAGGCAAUUGAUAAGUUUAAUAAAAAAGAAAUUAGCAGACUUGAAUUUGUAAAAUUAGUUUCC